AUGCGCGUCUCCUCUCUCCUCGCUCUCGUCUCGGCCACCCUCGUGGCCACCGCCCCCAGCCCCGUACCCGAGGAUGCCAACUCCUACGUCCUCGCCGGUCCCCUUCCGUACGAGGAGCUGAAGACCGAGGUCGCCAAGCUCAAGUCUGACGGCUCCAACGCCGCCCGCAGUCUCAACAAGCGCAUCUGUGAGGGCGUCUACAUCGUCGGCAUCUACCCUGACUCCUACUGGGUCUCCCGUAUUAGCUCUGUAGGCCCCGACAACGGUGGUUGGUGCGAUUUCUACCAAGCUGGCAGCGGCUGUGACGCCACCAAGGGCUCUCACCAAAUCUUCAGAUACCCCGGCGGCAACCUGGCCAGCGGAAUUGACAACAACAUGGGCUGCUUCUAUUGCAACCCCAACUAA